AUGUCUGACUCGGUGGAUUCCACCAAUCCUGGCGGUGCUGCUGGUGAUAUAACUCCAACAAAGCCUCCACUGAGAAUCCGAGAUGCGACCAAUGGUGUGACUACCCGUGAUGAAGACUUGGCCCAUGGCCCUUCACUCUUAGGGUUGGGUGAUGGGCAAGAUGGCGACCCUUCCAUUGAUUCGACCUGGGAAAUGACUGAGAACCAUGUUACACAGGCAGAUAUGCUGCCGUUUCUUCCAUCCAGAUUGCCCCAACCAGAGCUCGCAGAGGUCAUGUCAUCUUCUGAACCUUCACACUCAGGACCUUCUUACACUGCUCCAACCCAGAGUGUCUCACAUGCAAGCAAUUUGCACCUCGAAGAGGUGAUACAGAGUCUGACUGAUCAGCCAAUUGUCAACCGCACAUUGACAUGGAUCCCUGAAUUUUCAUGGCAGGAUGGCCGCCUGUGUUUUGAUGGCCAGCCACUGGAGCUGCCCGCGACACGCGAUGACCAGUUCUCGAGAGGCGGCCCGGGUUCAGAGCAUGGCUUUUCGAUAUCCGAGAGGUCAUUUCCUCAUAAAAGAGUAUUCGAUCAUGGACAUGACGUAUUUCAGAUAUAUGAUGUCGCUGGCGUUGGAGGUUUCGUAGGUUUAGGUGAACUCGAUGGAAAAGAUUUUGAUCAGAAUUCGGACAUCACACCCGCGACAAGCUCCAGUUCCAGCGAUAAUUCGCAUUCUGAAGCCGCCUUUCGAGGAGAAUUCAUCGACGCAAGCCAGCCUGCUCAGGACGAGAUUGCCGUACAGGAAACUCUCAAGAAGAUAGUGGAAACACUUGCCGACGACUACUACAGGUCGUAUGCGCCACAAAGACGGACUCUUGCGGCAAAGCGUAUGCAAGUUGAUCGAAACUCCAGCAGUUCGACCAAGAAAACUCGAGCAACAGUUGUACGGAAAGCUGUCAAGUCGACCGGCCGCAGAGGUCAGACUAUUGACGGAGACGAAGGGAGUGAGGAUGAAGAAUCUAGCGGCAAUAGGCAAAACUCGUCCACUACUAACGCAUCUUCCGAAAAUAACCUCCUUUGGGCUUGUCCUUUCAUGAAGUGGAAUCCCAUAAAAUACAGAGAGAGUUGUGUCAAGAAACUCAGGGAUAUAUAUCGCCUGAGAAAACACAUCCAAGAGAAGCACUUCUCCCAUCAUUGCUGCGUCUGUUUCAAAGACCUUCGACCAGAGGAAUUGACUCAGCAUGAGAAAGUAUGCAAACGUCUAUUCGGCUGUCCGACACGCCCACCCCCAGUCGGGCUUAUCACGAGAGAUAUGGCAACUGCUAUCAAUGAGAGAUCUAACACCAGAUUGACCUCAAGAGAGCAAUGGGAGAGGCUUUUCAAGAUUAUCUUCCCCCACGAACCGAUUCCUUCGAGCCCCUAUCUCGAUGAUGACUAUGAGAGGGAACUGGCUCAAUGCCACGACUACUUCCGUCAGUCAUAUGUGCAGGAUAUGGUUCAUCAAAUGAUACAUGAGUCUGGACUUGGUCAUCUAUGGCCAACAAUGACGAGGUGUGCGCGUGGACAACUACUAGGCGAGAUUUUGGGUGAUCACCCUAUCAAAUAUGAGAUUAUCGCCCACGUAGCUUCCGAAAAAGAAGCAGUUGAUCAAUCACAAUCCGGUUCGGCUUUGAAAGACUACAUACCUGAAGAAUCACAAACACCUACUUCGAGGGGCUUUGGGUAUGAUCAAGAUGGACUCAACGGAAUUCAGCCUAGUGUGGUGAUGGAAGUCGACAACACUACCACUCCGACUCCAGGACUAUUUGCCGACCAGUCAGAAACUGGAGUUGGGGAAGAUCUUGACUGUCUUAAAUUUAUUGACACCUACGGGUUUUCGUAUCAUGAUGUCGCCGGGGCUGCGAGCGUUGAAGAGAUUGGGGGUGGUCCCUUUUCGAGGCCUGGGGCAGGGAAUACUCCUUGGUACAGUGCACAAGAGACGUUUGAGCCGGAUCCUGGUCAAGUGGGGGGUGAUCAGGCUCUUUUCCAGGAGUCUAGCUCUUGA